AAAUCACAUAAAUGGUUUGCAGUGAGGAUGGGCGUGGUCAGUAAACAUUCCCCUCUAAACAACAGACAUUUUUUUGAUUCCUACUGAGGAGCGACGUCUUAGCAACCUGGAAACUGGUUUAAUUUCAUUCUGAACUGGAGUCAAAAUGUUUUACACAUGUGGACCCAAUGAAGCCAUGGUGGUGUCUGGCUUUGGCCGCUCUCCACCUCUAAUGAUAGCUGGAGGAAGAGUGUUUGUCAUCCCUUGUAUACAAAAGAUCCAGAGAAUUACGCUCAACACUCUGACUCUAAAUGUAAAGAGUGACAAAGUCUACACUCGCCAUGGGGUCCCUAUCUCUGUGACUGGUAUCGCCCAGGUGAAGAUUCAGGGUCAGAACAAAGACAUGUUGGCGACUGCCUGUCAGAUGUUCAUGGGGAAGUCUGAAGCGGAGGUGGCUCAGAUUGCUCUUGAGACGUUGGAGGGACACCAGCGAGCCAUCAUCGCUCAUUUGACUGUGGAGGAGAUCUACCAGGACCGUAAGAAGUUCUCUGAACAGGUUUUCAAAGUUGCCUCUUCUGACCUGGUCAACAUGGGGAUCGGUGUUGUCAGCUACACGCUCAAAGACGUUCAUGACGAUCAGGAUUACCUUCACUCUCUGGGUAAAGCUCGAACGGCCCAGGUGCAGAAGGAUGCGAGGAUCGGAGAGGCUCAGUACAAACGCGACUCUGUUAUCAAGGAGGCUCAGGCGAUGCAAGAGAAGGUGUCCGCUCAGUACAAAAACGAGAUAGAAAUGGCAAAAGCGCAGAGAGACUACGAGCUGAAGAAAGCAGCCUAUGAUAUGGAGGUCAACACCAAGAAGGCGGAGUCAGAGAUGGCCUAUCAGCUUCAGGUGGCCAAGACCAAGCAGCGCAUCGAGGAGGAGAAGAUGCAGGUUCAGGUGGUGGAACGCACGCAGCAGAUUACUCUGCAGGAGCAGGAGAUCAUCCGCAAAGAGAAGGAGCUCGAAGCUAAAGUCAAGAAGCCCGCCGAGGCUGAGAAAUACCGCCUGGAGCGGCUGGCUGAGGCGCAGCGCCUGCAGCUCAUCAUGGAGGCUGAAGCUGAGGCCGAGUCUGUCAGAAUGAAAGGUGAGGCGGAGGCUUUCGCUCUGGAAGCUAAAGGUCGCGCCGAAGCGGAGCAGAUGACCAAAAAGGCAGAGGCCUUUAAGCAAUAUAAAGAUGGAGCCAUGGUGGACAUGCUGCUGGAGAAACUCCCGCUGAUGGCAGAGGAGAUCAGCAGGCCGAUGUCUGAGGCCCAGAAGAUCACCAUGGUGUCCAGCGGUGGAUCGGAGGUGGGAGCAGCUAAACUAGCUGGAGAAGUGCUGGACAUCAUGACCCGACUGCCUCACACUAUUGAGAAACUCACUGGAGUCAACAUCUCACAGGCUGCUGGAAAACCCACUCGAGUGCAUUAAGAAGACGAAGCAUCAGAAAAGUCGUCUAGAUGUCCUCACCCCAAGUCUCGUCUCGAUCGUUUCCCAAACAUCUAACCAGUUUAGGAUGCUUUCUUCUUCCUCCUUCAUGCGGUGUGGGUUUGUUUUCCUGGUGGCUCCUGAUUGGCUGUUGCUAGCCACAGCAGAAACGCUGAUGAGAACAUUUUUUGUGUAUGGGAACAAAUCGCAGCCUGCUUUAGCUUCUAGAGCAACUUGAAUGAAGAACUGCGGCCGUUUUGUACCGGAUUUAACUUUUUUUAUGUAUUAUUAUUGUGACCAUCCUUAUAAAUCCCUGAUAGGAAAACAUUCAUUUAUACCAGCUUUUUAAAACGGUAAUUGAAAGAGACAGUUCAGGUUGUCGUGCCUUUAAUUCAUCACUGCUGUUCCACUCAUUACUACAGCAUUGCAAUGGUUUAUAUUCUUUUCUAUGUAGCCACAUGUCGUUUGUAUUUAGUGUUCGAGCUGCAGGCGGGAGGAUUUGCUUGUCGAGCGAAGGCAGAGGAAGUGGUUUGAGGGUUCUGUACGAGUCGUCUGGAGGAAACAGUGGUGUGGAAGUUUCCGAGCAGCUGUUUUUUAAUUUUUCUGUCUCUAGAGGAGGAUCAUCUCUCAGAAACCAUCCUGCUGCUUCUCUGUGGGCUGAUUUGGUUCUAAAAGCUCCGACUCUGCGCUCAUUGCUGUAUGAUGUAAAACUGAUGCAUGUGCUUUAGCUACAUAUAUGUAGUCUUUGAACAUUAAAUGUUUUAUAUCCUUUUUCUUUAUAAACUAACUCUCCAAAGCUUUUUAAGACGUAUGCAUCUUACUAACCACCAAGUGCCUGUUCAGACACGCUAAUCUUUGCCGUUUAGCCUUUUGGGAUUAAGUUCGUGUGUGUGACCAAUCGCGCCAUCGGCUGUCACUGUUGAUGGCACAAAACUGAAGCCAAGAUCGUCUCUGCCUUGUUGGUUUAUUCCUGUGUGCCGUAUUUGAAGCAUGACUCUUAAAAUGGCUCCGUGUGAAACCGCUCGUGUCAAAUAUACAGAAGUAUGUCUAAUAAAAUUAUAAUAAAAUGUUUUAUUCACUAAAAUCAA